AUGAGAGAGACGUGGACGCGAGGACGCUCUGUGUCGAUCUUGUUCGCGACGCGGAGAAUGGGAGCGAUUGAUGUGAGGGCUGAGGGGACGACCUCAUUGUUGAAGACCUCCGUAGAGAAGGAGCACGACGAUCAGAAAAGCCUUGAUGAUGCGGUAGAGGCGCAACCUCAUUGUCCUCACCGGAAUCCUAGAUCGUCGGAGACGUUGAUCUGA